GUCAUCCUUGGCAAGUACACCUGGCUUUCCUAUGAAGAUGUAUACAUUAAAGCUGUUAAUUUUGGAAAUGGCCUAGCAGUACUGGGUCAGCAACCAAAGACUAACAUUGCUAUCUUCUGUGAGACAAGAGCUGAGUGGAUGAUUGCAGCCCAAGCCUGUUUUAUGUGCAACUACCAGCUUGUUACUCUGUAUGCUACUCUGGGAGGCCCAGCAAUAGUACACGGGCUAAAUGAAACAGAGGUGACCACCAUCAUCACCAGUAAAGAACUGAUGCAAACAAAAUUGAAGGAGAUAGUUUCCCAGGUUCCCCUCCUGCGACACAUCAUCACGGUGGAUGGGAAACCCACCACGUGGUCCGAGUUUCCCAAGGGUGUCAUUGUCCACACCAUGGCUUCUGUGCAAGCCAUGGGGGCCAAGGCAGAUCCUGGAAACAAACCGCAGGCCAGGCCUGUGCCCUCGGAUAUAGCUGUGAUCAUGUACACGAGUGGAUCCACAGGAGUUCCCAAAGGAGUGAUGAUCUCCCAUUGCAACAUAAUUGCUGGGAUAACUGGAAUGGCCGAGAGGAUUCCAAAUCUGGGGGAAAAAGACAUCUACAUUGGCUAUUUGCCUCUUGCCCAUGUUCUGGAGCUCAGUGCUGAACUUGUGUGUCUGUCUCAUGGGUGCCCCAUCGGUUACUCUUCACCUCAGACAUUAGCUGACCAGUCCUCUAAAAUAAAGAAAGGAAGCAAAGGUGAUGUUACUACACUUAAGCCAACCCUAAUGGCAGCUGUCCCAGAAAUCAUGGAUCGGAUCUACAAAAAUGUCAUGAACAAAGUGAAUGAAAUGACCUCUUUCCAGAGGAAUCUAUUUAUAUUGGCCUACAACUACAAAAUGGAACAAAUUUCCAAAGGUUACACAACCCCGCUCUGUGAUAGCCUCAUCUUCCGGAAGGUGCGGCUGCUGCUGGGGGGCAAGAUCCGCGUGCUGCUCUGCGGGGGGGCCCCGCUCUCCGCCGCCACCCAGCGCUUCAUGAACAUCUGCUUCUGCUGCCCCGUGGGGCAGGGCUACGGCCUCACCGAGUCCGCCGGCGCCGGCACCAUCACCGAAGUUUGGGAUUACACUACAGGGAGAGUGGGAGCACCUUUGGUCUGUUGUGAAAUCAAGUUAAUGAACUGGGAAGAAGGUGGCUAUUACAACACUGAUAAACCGUAUCCCAGAGGUGAGAUUCUUAUUGGAGGGCAGAAUGUGACUGUGGGCUACUACAAAAACGAAGUACGAACCAAAAAAGAUUUCAGUGUUGAUGAGAAUGGGCAGAGGUGGCUCCACACUGGAGACAUUGGAGAGUUUCAUCAAGAUGGUUGUCUAAAAAUUAUUGAUCGUAAAAAAGAUCUUGUAAAACUCCAGGCAGGAGAAUAUGUUUCUCUUGGCAAAGUAGAAGCAGCUCUGAAGAAUCUUCCCCUGGUAGAUAAUAUUUGUGUGUAUGCAAGCAGUUUCCAUUCUUAUGUCGUUGGAUUUGUUGUGCCAAAUCAAAAGGAGCUUGCAGAACUAGCUCGAAAGAAAGGAUUUAAAGGAACGUGGGAAGAGAUCUGUAACAGCCCUGAGAUGGAGAAAGAGGUGCUGAAGGUGCUCGCAGAGGCUGCCAUGGCAGCUAACCUGGAGAAGUUUGAAAUACCAGUAAAAAUUCGUUUGAGCCCUGAUCCUUGGACCCCUGAGACUGGUCUAGUGACAGAUGCUUUCAAACUGAAACGCAAGGAGCUUACGGCGUACUAUCAAACGGACAUUGAGCGGAUGUACGGGAAACAUGUAAAAUAAGUCUUCUUUUGCUGCACCACUUUGCUGCAACGAGCUUGGAUCAAAUAGGAAAUACUUGAAUUUGCCUGUCUCAACACUUGAGAUCAACACUCAGAGCCACCAUUCCUCAUCUGCAGCUUAAACUGUUCUUCCUGAUAACGUCACCGUGAUGACUGGCGAGUUGAGUAAAAUGUUACGGCAGCAAACUCGUGUCUGUCUCCUUUUUUUUUUUUUCCAGUUUUCUCUGCUACCUUUUCAGUCUGCGGAUUUUCCCGAGGCUUUUUGGGAAGCCGUGAUUCUGAAGCCUCAAGUUUUUAAACAUUUAUAAAUCCUGUAUAAUGUUUUAUUUGUAUCUUUAAAAUUUGGAUGU